AUGCUCAAUGAGACAACUUUGAAAGCAUUGCAGAAGGCAAAAGUAAUGAUUCUGUUGAGUCUUCCAGGAGACAAUAAGUUUUUUGAGGAACUGGAAAAAGAAACCGAGAUUCUGGUCAAGGACACCCAGAACAGAAUAACAAAAAUCCAGUUGAAGGAUGGGAAUUGGAUGUUUGAAAGCGAUUACACUCCGGAGAGAUGGCGGAAGCAGCGAGGGGAGAAUGGGCGGUCAAAGCAACUGUUUUCAUCAACUGACCGACAGAAGUCGAUCCUAAACAAUGCCGGGACAAAAAAACGGUACGGCUCAAGUCUAUUCGAUGUUUCAUGCGCUGGAGUCUCGCAAAGUGGAAAGAAAAGAAGAGCAAACUCAUCCGCUGGCUCCACUUCCGAGUUACCGCAAACCGUCAAAAUGAAUCAAGGAAUCGAGGAGACAUCCUCCUCAACGUCUUCUGCGCCUGCUCCCGGAAAUAAUGAAAACCGAAGAAAUGAAAUUGACUCGAGUGCAACCAAUGCUUCAUUAACUACUCAACGUCUGGCAUCUACUCUUUCUCCUUCUGAAACCGAAAAUCUUCGAAAGGGCCGGCCGUAUCUCCGCCAAAUCACACUCAGAAGACCAAACUGCAAUUUGACAGAAAAGGAACGACAACAAGCUGCCACAAGCGUUGAGCAUUUUCAAAAUUUGCUGGAAGACCUUCAGAGCUUUUUCAAGAACAGAAGAAACUACAAACUGGAUGCUAAGAUAGAAGAAUCAAGAGGAAUUCUGCGGACGAGUAAUGAUUCAGAAGCUUUGCAAAAUAGAAAACAAGCAACAUGGGCUCUUAUUGAGUUCUUUUUUGAAGAUAUGGAGGCGUUUGUGGCGUCUAGUAACCAGGACGUCCGAAUUCUGGGGAAGAAAAACCUUGGAAGGGCAGGAAGAACUUUGAUGAAAAAAAUGAAUGUUACAGUUUCGUAUGAUGACAUCAAAGCUGCUAUUGUAAAAUUCCUUGAGAUCCUUGCCUGGUUGAGUUCUUCAGUCUAA